AUAUCCAAGGUCUCCGGAAUCCUAUCAUUGUCGGUUUGGCUCUUUGCGCAAUUACCGCAAAUCAUCGAGAACCAUUUGAACGAGUCGGUCUCCGGCGUUUCCUUGCUUUUCUUGAUUUGUUGGAUCGGAGGCGACGCCACGAACCUCAUAGGCUGUAUCUUAACACGAGCAUUACCAUUCCAAACUUGUCUCGCUGCGUACUACUGCUUCAUUGAUUGCAUUCUUAGUCUCCAGUACUGGUACUACACCAAGGUAUAUCCCAGACACAAAACUCAUCACAAUCUCUUGCAGAGUCCCAACUUCUUGAGACCUUCUACAUCCAACAAAAGCACAAAUCAUAGUACUCGUAGAAACCGGUUUGACCAGGACUUGAGUCGUUCGCCCAUGGAGAUCAGUACUUCCAUCAUGGAUGUAGCACAAGGAAAUGGACAUCGUGGUCACGAUCAGAAACGAAUACAUGAGGGCUCUUUCAUCCACAAGAUCUUGGGCGCUACCUUCAUAGCCGGAAGCUUGCCCAAACAGGCACAUUCCAUGCCCAUUCCUAAUCCACAGUCUGCAGCUGAUAUAGGUAUGAUUUCUGCGUGGACCUGUUCAACUUUGUAUGUUUCUUCACGAGCCCCGCAGAUUAUCAAGAAUUUCAAGCUCAAAUCUACACGAGGCAUAACUGUGUAUCUUUUUGUGUUUGCCAUGUUGGGUAACAUCUUCUAUACCAUUUCCAUCGUGCUGGACUUGUAUCUCCUUUCGCUUAACAAAUCCUAUUUUGGCGAGGACGGAGAUUCCAAGUUUAAGGAAGUAUUUAUGGAUCAGUUGCCCUUUAUUGUAGGAAGUUCUGGUACUGUUCUCUUCGACUCGAUCAUCAUCUUUCAG